AUGACUUGGGCCUUAGGGCUCAAGCUUGAUGACCCAAACGUGUUUGAGUCGUUACAGACCUUGAAGUCUCGGCUCAAAGAGACGUUUGAGCCGCCGAGAACCGAGUUCAAAGCACGCUCUACACUCUUGAGGCUAAAGCAAGGUAAGCGUGACGUGCACGAUUACGCACAGCACCUGCGCCACCUUGCGAGUAGCGUUACGGAGAACCUUAUUGAUGAGCACACGCUCAUCAACGUGUUCAUCUACGGCCUUGUAGAUGGACAGGUGAAGGCCUACAUGUUCCGAGAUGACUUCCAUACGCUGGAAAAGGCGAUAGCGUAUGCGGAACAAGAAGACUUCAGCCUGAGACAGUCUCAGGCAAACUCGUCAAGCUAUUGUCCGACGAGACGACAGGAAACAGGAGGUCCCGAACCAAUGGACCUCUAUUACAUCGAGAGCGAGAACUGGUGCUCUCUAUGUCACAAGCAAACGGCAAGAUGCCAUCGCUGGUAG